AUGUGCGGUCGCACGGGGUUAUCACUCAACAAGGAGCAGAUCCAAUGUGCUUGUAGUUAUAAAGCAAAAGACAACAGAGGUCUUUACAUUAAGCCUGAUUGGCUUCCUGAGCAUAAUGAUGGAAAAGAAUAUACACCCUCUUACAAUAUAGCUCCAACUGAUAUUACCCCUGUAUUAAUUUCAAAUUAUCGAGUAAAUUCUGCAGAUAGAUCAAGAAGAGCACUCAAACCAAUGAUGUGGGGCAUCAUACCUCCAUGGCAUAAAGGCGACUAUAGACAUCAUGGGCUUAGUACAAAUAAUUGUCGCAUUGAAAAUAUUAAAAGCUCAAAAUUAUACAGUCCAAUAUUAGCAAAUGGAGGUAGAUGUAUAAUUAUUGCAGAAGGCUUUUAUGAAUGGCAAACAACAAUUAAAACUAUAAUAAAGCAACCAUAUUUUAUAUAUGCACCACAGGAUGAAAACAUAAAGAUUGAUGAUCCCAAUACCUGGACCAAUGAGUUUGACGAGAUAGAAGGUUGGAAAGGUGUAAAAUUAUUGUAUAUGGCUGGGCUGUACCAUGCAUGGCAAAAUGAGGGGACAAUAAUUUACUCUUAUUCCAUUAUUACUAUGGAUUCAAACAAUACAAUGGAUUGGCUUCAUCAUAGGAUGCCUGCUAUUUUAAACAACCAGGAACAAAUUGAAGCAUGGCUUGACACUGAGAAUGUAAAUGGAGACAUGGCUCUGACAUAUCUGAAGCCAGUUAAAUUACUGUCCUGGCAUCGAGUAUCAAUCGAGGUCAACAAUUCCAAAAACAAAUCUACAAGUUGUAACAAAAGGAUCACUGAAAAUAAACAGAAACAAAAGACUUUAACUUCAUUUUUUGUUAAAUCUGAAAAACGUAAAGAAGUUGCUGAAAAUACUCAGGAUAUUAAAAAAAUAAAAAAA